CGACCACCUCAUGUAAUUUUGACAGUGGACUGUGCUCUGGUUGGUGGCAGUCUUACUCGGAUGUCUUUGACUGGACAUUACGAAGUGGAUCAACGCCAUCUUCUAAUACAGGCCCAGACAACGAUCACACUUCAGGCUAUGGGUACUAUAUGUACAUUGAAGCGACUGGGCAAAACAAUGGUGAUAAUGCCAAGCUGAUGCUAAAUUUAAACGGAGGCGGAGAACUCUCGUGCCUUAAGUUCUAUUAUCACAUGUAUGGCGCUACUAUUGGGGCACUUAAUGUCUACAGUGAAAAUUAUUUAUUAUUCAAGGCUGCUGGAAACCAUGGAAACUACUGGUUUAAGGCUGAAAGGACAUUUUAUUCGAAGACAACGUUGACAUUUGAAGGAAUAGUGGGAUAUUCCUUCACUGGUGACAUAGCCAUUGAUGACGUCUCGAUAACCAGAGGAAGCUGUUCAGGACAGACUCCGCCUCCUACAUGGUAUCCAGUUCCG